AUUAUAAUAUUGCAGGAGAUUCUUGGCUCGAUUAUGAAAGCAACAGGUGCAGGAUCUCAUAGCUUCAAUCAAGCAACUGUCAUAAGAGCCUUCACCCUCUACUGCAGAUUAAGUAUUCAUCUUCAGCACAAGUUUUCUUCUGAAGGAAAAGUUUACCUUUCACAUCUGAAGGAGACAGGUGCUUGGAUAGAAAGUCAUGUUCUACCUUUAAUGCAUGAACAGGAGGAGAAUGUUCUAGAGCAGCACAUUGAAGUUUCUCAGCUAAUCAUCCAGGUUAGACGUUUCUUUAUAAUUACUUCAAAUGGAAUUGACAGUAGUAUCCAUUUUUUUACAAUUGUUUUUAAAUGUGUUAUUGAUAUGAUUUGUAUGGUUUAGGUACAGUAAUUGCAU